AUGGAUCGGCUGACUGGGCGCACAACACGGCACGGUGCCAAAAAACCCAAGGUUUUGAAAGGGAAAGACAUACCCUCCCUAGCGAAGUACAUCAAAUCAGAUGGAUGCAAGAAUAUUGUCUUGAUGUUAGGCGCUGGCGUAAGCACUUCUGCAGGGAUUCCCGACUUCCGAUCUCCGGGAACAGGCCAGUCGAGGUCUUCGCAUUACCUGUUUUCUAACCUCGCUCGACUCAAUCUGCCUCACCCAGAAGCAGUCUUUGAGAUCAGUUUCUUCCGCCGUAAUCCUGUCCCUUUUUACACUCUUGCACAUGAACUCUACCCAGGAAAAUUCCGUCCGACGAUUGCACACUCCUUCAUUCGUCUCCUUGCAGAACACUCCCUUUUAUACCAGUGUUUUACCCAGAAUAUCGAUACCCUCGAACGAAGGGCUGGCGUCCCGGACGGGAAGAUCAUUGAAGCACACGGCAGUUUCGCGACCCAGCGCUGUAUCGACUGCGAGGAGCCAUUCGAUGACGAGGUGAUGAAGCAACAUAUCAAAGAUAAGAAAAUCGCAACUUGUGAGGAGUGUGGUGGGCUAGUCAAACCAGAUAUAGUCUUCUUCGGAGAAUCACUUCCGAUUAAUUUCAUCCGUGCCAUCCCUCUCUUGCAGGAGGCGGAUUUGCUGAUUGUCAUGGGGACAUCUUUGACUGUUCAGCCUUUCGCUUCGCUGGUCGAGAGGGUUGACAACUCGUGUCCUCGCGUGCUAAUCAAUCUCGACCGCGUUGGUAGUAUCGGAAGCAGAUCUGACGAUGUCGUACUACUAGGAAAAUGUGACGACAUCGUUCGGGACCUCUGCAAAGAACUUGGUUGGGAAGACGAACUACUCAAAUUGUGGCACGAGACUGAGGACACUGUUGAAAAGGAGGAGGGCGUUGAUGGAAAAUCUGAGUUGGGGACCUUAGUCAGGGCGGACGAAGAAGUCGAGAAUCUCACAGCUGCAAUCGAGAAAAGCUUGGCUUUGAACGAGACGGCUGUAGAGCCUCGUUCGAAACAGAAGGACUCUGCAUUGCUCUCAGAUUCCUCGAUAGCUGACCCUCGUGAUGACGGGAAAUUGAAGAUACCAGCGCCUUUGACACCGCCACCUAAAGAUAUCCAGGAAACCACACCUGAAACUUCUCCGAAGUUGGAAGGGCGACCUCAAGAGAAGUAG